CACCACCACCACUUCGCUCAGUUGUGUUUUCAUCUUGCCUUUUUCCACUGGUCUCUCUCGCGAAGUAGUUGGAAAAUUCACAUUUGCAAAGUUUUUCGCUGGGACCAAAAGCUAAAGAUUUUAGAAAAAAACAUAAGAAAUUCGUGUGGAUCUUGCGUGAGUGAAUGUGUUUUUGUGUCAUCAAUCCUGUCGUGUGUGCGAGCAUGUGUGUAUGCGAGUGUGGGGUCGCAAAUUAAAAGCAAUACCACACUGAAAACCGACACAAUCACACACGAAAAAGAACAGUUUAAUUGAAUUACAAGUGAAAUUAGAGUGCCCGAUAAUUGUCAACUGACUAAGUGAACAGAAAAAACAUCAAAGGUGUUACGUGAAAAACCCGGGGUUCACCAAAGGCCACAAAAUCACUUUUAGUGGCUGGCUCAAAGGAAAGAAAUUGAUUUUCCAUUUUCCACAAUUGCAAUUGGAAGCAAAGCAAAGCAGAAAAGAGAAGAGCAAGUGUCCGUGUGUGAGCGAGGGGGUGUCAGAGAGAGAGAGUGAGAGAGAGCGGGUGACGGUGAGAGAAGCACUUCCAGGCGUCGCAUCCUCCUCCUUUUUCGCAUGCAAUGAAUAUUGUCGGGGAAUAUGAAUACAGCUCCAAGGAUAUGCUGGGCCAUGGCGCCUUUGCCGUCGUCUUCAAAGGACGUCAUCGCAAGAAACACAUGCCAGUGGCCAUCAAGUGCAUCACGAAGAAGGGACAGCUGAAGACGCAGAAUCUGCUGGGCAAGGAGAUCAAGAUCCUGAAGGAGCUCACCGAGCUGCACCAUGAGAAUGUGGUGGCUCUGCUGGACUGCAAGGAGUCCCAGGAUUGCGUUAGCCUGGUCAUGGAGUAUUGUAACGGCGGCGAUCUUGCAGAUUAUCUGAGUGUUAAAGGGACACUGAGCGAGGAUACCGUAAGACUCUUCCUCGUGCAACUAGCUGGUGCUAUGAAGGCACUUUAUACCAAAGGAAUUGUGCAUCGUGAUCUCAAGCCACAAAACAUUUUGCUAUCGCACAAUUAUGGCAAGAUAUUGCCAGCUCCAUCGAAAAUAACCCUGAAAAUUGCCGAUUUUGGGUUUGCUCGUUUUCUGAACGAGGGCGCCAUGGCAGCCACUCUGUGCGGAUCUCCCAUGUACAUGGCUCCCGAGGUGAUCAUGUCACUGCAGUACGACUCCAAGGCGGAUCUCUGGUCGCUGGGAACGAUUGUCUACCAGUGUUUGACUGGCAAGGCGCCAUUCUAUGCACAAACGCCCAACGAACUGAAGUUCUACUACGAGCAGAAUGCCAACCUGGAGCCCAAAAUUCCAAAUGGGGUGUCGCCGGACUUGAAGGAUCUGCUGCUGUGUUUGUUGCGUCGCAACGCCAAGGACCGCAUCUCCUAUGAGAGCUUCUUUGUGCACCGCUUCCUUCAGGGGAAGAAGGCGGCCGCGUCGCCAGGUGAGCCAAGCCAAGCAGCCAACCUGCGACGGCGAGUCUCUAAGAGUGGUGUUCUUGCAGUUGACAUGCCACCGCUGGGCGGAACCCCGCCCGCCAAGGCCAAGAGCCCCCUGCAGCAGCAGCUGGAGCAGGAACUGCAGCUGGUCAAGCUGGCCGAGCAGCAGCAGAAGGAGCGCGAGGAGCAGGAGGCCCAGGAGGAGGAAAAUACGGUCUCCGUGGUGGCCAACCCGGCCAUUUGUGCCACCAUCACCAACGUGGGUGUCCUCUGCGACAGCGAGAACAACAGCGGAUCGUGCAGCUCCCACGAGGACUCCGAUGACUUCGUGCUGGUGCCCAAGAACCUUCCCGAGGACCAGCGUCAGGGUGUGACCCAGGGCCAGGGCCAAACCCCGACCCAAACCCAGCCCGCUUCCGGUGGCCAGCGUCCACAGCCGCAACAGAAUCAAUCCAGUCCGCCACGACCCAGCAGUCUGCCCAUCUCGGAACCCAAGCCAGUGCCGGCACCAGCUCGUCGGCAGGCGACGGGUUCCGGCCCCUUGACGGUGGCCACUCUGGGCGGCCAGCAGAUACCCCGAUCGCAGCCGAUAAGCGUGAAGCAACCGCGACCGGAUCAGCGCAAGAGCAGCGUGAGCAGUGACAUCAACUCGAUCUCGCCGCCGGCGGUGCAGUUUGCCAUUGGAACGCCGCCGACGAGGAUGCGCUCGGCGUCGGGAGGAUCGCUGUCGGAGACACCGCCGCCGCAUGCUCCCAGCACCUGGCAGGUGUCGCCGGGACACUCGCAGUCGCCGUUGCGGAGGAGCGGCAACAGUUCGCCGGUUCUGCCAUCUGCAGCGCUCACCAAGCUGCCCACUUUAGGCAGUCCCACAAUGCUGGUGGCUCCGGGAUCGCUGGGAUCGAUUGGCUCGGCGGGCAGUGGAUCGGAGAACAAUAACCAGCAUCAUAUGCUGGGACCGCGGGCGUUCACGCUCCCUGAACUGGGCGCCACUGGGGGGCUGCACAGUCUGCUGGACACCGGAGCCGGCGGUGGCGGAGAACCACAUGCAUUCCAGGCGCCCGAACUCUCGGAGGAGACGCUCAUGGAUCGCGAACACAACGAGACGCUGUCCAAGCUGAACUUUGUGUUGGCCCUGACCGAUUGCAUCCAGGAGGUGGCCGAUUCGCGCUGUGCGCCGCUCUCCACGCUCAUGGUGGCCGGCAGUCAGUCGGCGGCGGCAGCUGCGGCGGCGGCGGAUGCCCAGCAGAUACCGCCACACGCCCCGGAGCACUGCAAGCGGGCCGAGCGCCUGGUGCUGCUCGUCCGGGGACUGCAGCUCCUCUCGUCCGGCAUGAAUCUGGCCUCCCAGCAGUUGCGCAACGGCCAACUAAAGCCGUCGUCCAAUGUGAAGAAUGCUUUGCUCACCAUGAACGCCAAAUACCGGAGCAUGCUGUUCGAAUCGAAGCGCCUCAAUGGCAGCGGUCUGUUGCAGAAGGCGAAUGCAUUUAACAUAACAGCGGACAAGAUUCUGUACGACUAUGCACUGGAUAUGUGCCAAGCGGCUGCUUUGGAUGAGCUAUUGAAGAACACCAAGAAUUGCUUCGAGCGCUACAACACCGCACACAUUCUGCUGCAUUCGUUGGUGCAAAAGUGCAAUCAUCCGCAGGACAAAAUGCUGCUGAACAAAUAUCGCGAUGCCGUUGAAAAGCGUUUGAGCAUAUUGCAGCAGCAUGGCUACAUCUACGUGACCGAUGAGAAUGCCUAAGUAUUCGGAGCAGAAAGAAAAGAGCUUUAUUCCAACCAUGAAGCACCGGCAAUCUUCACAACAUCAACAACAUUUCCUUAAGUUAUUCACCGUUCUUUCGUUGGGAGUGCAAACAUGUGAUUGAAACAAAAACUACACUAUCCAUACAUAGACAUAGACCGACAAAUAAUUUAAAACACCAUCCCACAAAUCAUUUCUGGCGUUCUCAGUACCCCAAAACAAACAGUCCAAUGUAAAUAGUUUGAGCUAUGCAGAUGUAUGUAGUUUUUGUUUUUUCUAUAUAAUUUUCGGCCCGUGCGGCAACCAUAAUUGUUAAAGCUUAUAUCGAGUGCAGAUGCAACAUGAAUAAGGGCAGAUAAGAGUCCAUAUAGUCGUAAGAUAACCAUAAUAUUAUAUAUAUAUAUAUGUUUACAUAUAUAUAUAUAUGUACAACACGAAAGCUAACCAAGCAAACCACAUUACAAAACGUAAAGGGCAAUAUGCAAGCCAAACUCAGUUUAAUUCUAUAUUUAAAGGAAGCAGCGGCAGAACCCAGAUCCAUAUAUCAUGUGCUAGAAUUUUCCCCCGUAGUUGUAAUGCCUAUUUUCUUAUUUAACAAUCUAAUAUUCCCCCUAUUAUUAUUAUUAUAUUACAAACAUACCAUACAAUAUUUAUGGCUGCACUACACAAACAUGUUUACAAUGUGCUAUGUUCAUAGUUUUUAGUUAGGUAUUUUCUAAACAAAACAACUUUAAAGAGGUAUUUAAUUUUAUGACAAGAAAUUUAUAUUUUAAAGAAACUUUUUAAGUUUUUCUACAACCGAAGCCCACAAAACUUUCGAAAAAAUCUAUAUAUGUAUAUGGUAUACAAAAUGAGAGAAACACAUAAAAGAGUGUAUAAAAAAUGGAAAACAAAAUAUCGAUUUGAACUAAUAAAAAUUACUAAGGAAAAUCGUA